AUGCCUCCCCGAAUACCCAUAUUGACCUGUCUACGGGCACAGACCGCUACUAACCACUGCUCAACCGGCCCCAGCGCUCUCCUCCGCCCCUUCUCCGCAGCCCCUUCCCGAGAUGCGUCCACCGCGACACAUAGGCGGAAGUCUCACGAUCCAUACGUCCUAGCUCAGGCUCGCGCUCGCAAGGCCGCCAACCUCUCCCGGCAGACAGUCCUCCGCGAAGAGCGUUCCGCAUCCAUUGGCGAUCCAGUCCGCGGCAUAACAACGCCAUUCGUCGAAUCCUUCGACACUGGCCUUCCUCCUAUUACCCCAGACACGCUAUCAAAGUCGCGAAACCCCGCUCAAAAGGUGGGCACACAGGACACACCUCUGACCCCCCGCGACGAACACGCCCAACACGGCCUCACCCCGGCCCAAGUUGAAAAAUCGCUCUCCCAUUCCGAACUCAUUAAUGCGGCACUCUACCUCGAGCGACCACGCGAUGCAGACAUGACGCGCUCCGCUGCCGAAGUGGCAGCCGACGACGCAAGGGAGCUGGCCAUGGACCAUCACAACCGCGCCACAGCCCUGCGCCGCAUCGUCAACCUCGCGAACGCCUCCUCCAAGGACCGGACUCAAGUGAACACGCAGCGCUGCAUCAGCACUUUUGGCCGGCACAACACCGACCGCACCCUCUUUACCUCAUCGACACCUAGUGUGACGCUAUCACCUGCCGACGGCACCGAAGCGCCAAGUACCGAGGCCGCCGACGGGACCUCAUCGACACUUUCGCCAGCAGCAGCCUCGGGCAAGCGCGCAGGCCCAGACACGGGCAGCAGUGAAGUCCAGAUCGCGAUCCUGACGGCCAAGAUCCGGACGCUGGCGAACUUCCUGGGCACGAGGGGCAAGCAGGAUAAAGUCAACAAGCGGAAUCUGAGAUUAUUGGUGCAUAGAAGGCAGAAGCUACUGGCAUACAUGCGGAGGAAGGAGCGGGCGGGGCCGCGGUGGACGCAUCUGAUUGAGACCUUGGGGCUCACGGAGGCGACGUGGAGGGGGGAGAUCAGUUUAUAG